GAGCACUUCCGGGUCAGCAAAGCGCCACAGCCGCAGCGGCAGUUGUUCGGGGUUCCGUUAGCACCAUGGAGGCAGUGCGCAGCUUGCGGGUGUCGGUGAAAUCAGACAGCGGCUCGGACCGCUCAGACUCGGACUCGGACUCCGAGUCGGACAGAGACGCCCGCGAAGCCGAGCCGAUGGAGGUGGAGGAGGGAGAGCUGGAGGCCGAGGACAUCUCUGUUAACCGCUCCCUGAAGGAGCUACUGCCGGACACCAGCCGGCGGUAUGAGAACAAGGCGGGAGCCUUCAUCACUGGAAUUGAUGUCAACUCAAAGGAGGCGAUUGAGAGGAAAGAGAAGCGGGCGCAGCGUUUCCAUUUCCGUGGUGAGGAGAGCGUUGGACAGAGGAACGUUUUCCUGGAUAAAGAUGCCAUGAAGAAAGCCAUCCCCAGGCUGCGUAUGGAGGCGAUCCACGUGAUGGGUGUGGACGACAUGAGCACGCAGGAUGUCUUUGGAUACUUUAAAGAGUAUCCUCCGGCUCACAUCGAGUGGAUCGAUGACACUUCCUGUAACGUGGUUUGGCUGGAUGACGACACCUCCAUUCGAGCGCUCAUCAACACCAGCCGGAUGCCCGACUCGGAGGCUGUUACCACGGAGACAGAGAGCGGCAACCCGCCGGGCGAGCAGAGCAAAGGUCUUCAGGGUCAAGGGUCAGAUGAUGAAGAGGAAGAGGAAGAAGGCGAGGUGGAUGAGGAUGAGGAGGAAGCGAAGAAGCGCAGCGAGGAGAUCGAGGGGAAAGACAGUGAUGGAGAAACGGCGCUGAAGACGAAAUCUGAGGGCGGCCAGGUGGACGACCUGUCGAGAGCGGAGAUGGCGUCUCUGCUGAGGAACGACCUGCGGCCGGCCAUCAAACCCUUCAAAGGAAACAAGCUGUUCCUGCGCUUGGCCACACAAGAUGAUAAGAAGGAGCCGGGCGCCGCUCGCCGCAGCAGGUACUACAUGAAGUACGGGAACCCGAACUACGGCGGCAUGAAGGGAAUCCUCAGCAACUCGUGGAAGAGGAGGUAUCACAACCGUCGGAUCCAACGAGAUGUCAUCAAGAGCAAGAAGCCUCUGAUUGGAGACAGCAUGGGCCACACACCUCCGUACACACACCGACACUCCGCUGACCUCGUCAACCUGCCUGAGGAGCCGAUCAAGGAGGAAGAGGAGGAAGAGGAGGAGGAAGAUGAAGGUGAUGAGGACAUGGACUCUGAUGACAGGGUGGUGGAGUACAGGGAGAGGGGCGGCAGCUCGCGCUCGCUGGGGGCGGGUCUCCGCAGCCGGGGGGACCGCUCUCCGUCUCCGUGGUCCGAGUCGGACGAGAUGGACUACGACCUGGAGCUGAAGAUGAUCUCCACGCCGUCACCGAAGAAGAGCAAGAAGAUGACGAUGUAUGCCGACGAGCUGGAGUCUCACCUGAAGAGCAUCCGGAACAGGAUCGGAACGUCGGGAUCAUCACAGAGCAGGACCAAAUCCUCGUCACCCACCGAGGUGACGGACGUGCGGCAGCUGCUGGAGGAGAAGAGGCAGGGGCACUCUCAGCACAGACAGCCCCCUCCGGUGGUCAGCAGCGGGAAGACAGACGUACGGCAGCGACUCGGGAAAAGACGCUACUCUCCAGACAGACGCCGCUCCCCCUCGCCGCUGUCCCCGAGAGACACGCCUCCAGCCAGAGACGUGCAUCGCAGGCUGGGCGUGGCCAGUCAAGACAGCAGAAGCCACUCAUCCAAAGACAGAAAAACGGGUGGGCUGUGGAGCAGGCUCGGCUCUGGCGACACUGACGGCAGCGCCAGGCGUCACGACAGAUCGAGCGGCCGCUCAGCUGGGCUGUUCUCCUCGUCUUCUUCAGGCCGGGACGGCAGGAGCGGCAGUAGAAGCGAGAGGAGACGAGAAGAUGGAAAGGAGGACGAGGAGGAAGAAGAUGGCCGCGGGGAUGAGGAAGACGACUCGACGCUGCAGAGGAUGUGGGGCGCCAUGAUCAAACAGAAACAGGAGCGUCUUACCCACAAGAUGAAGAAGAGUCGGCUGGACAACCUGCCGUCGCUGCAGAUCGAGAUCAGCCGCGACAGCAGCGACGACUCCGACGCCUGAACCAACACAGGAGGAAGAGGAGGAGGGGCGUUUCCUCUGAUGGACUUUAAAUCUGCAGUAAAAUAAACUAAAGACACAAAGCAGCACCAACAGCAGACCUGAGGCGAGUGCAGGACUUGAUUCAUAUCGUGUUUGAGGAGCAGAUGGAGGCAGGGAUGGUCGGAGACUGUUACACCUCGCAACUUAAACAGGAAACGGGGCCGGCGAUGAGCUGCUGCUUACAAUAUAUUCAUAAAAUUUCAACAGAAAUACAGAAUUUGACACUAUCCUCUAUAUGUCAUUUAUGUCCCUCUGAAGCCCCGCCCCCAUGCUCCCUCUGAGCUCCGCCCACCUUUACUCUCACCCUCAUAUUUCUCCUGCAGUUUGGAGUGAGACGCCACUAAAAACAAUAACUAGAAUAUUAAAGCUAAAAGUUACCACGAUGGAGUCUUGAGUGUAAUGACCUCACUUCCUGUCUGAUGGCAGGUAAUGCAGUAAAAAUUUCCUCAGUGCAGCGUCCAUUUGAACCCAUAUUGAUUCAUUUGGGUGUGUUUGCUCAGGGGGUGUGGCCUGUUUCCACCUGCAGCAGGUGACACACGGAUCCUCGUGUCCAUGGUGACCGAUCCACCGUGAGUUUCCUCUGUAUUUCAGAGGAAUUCCUGCGCAGUUCGAUGCUAAUGAGAAACUGAAGGGAGACACUUUUGUUCCCGGGACCUCCUCCUCACCUGCUGCUCUCCUAUCGUCAUUCCAUGAAAACUAUCUUCACAGCCGAGUCCGGCCCGUCCUCCGAGAAUCAAACCUUCACUGCCGCGCCGCUCGCCACCAUUCCUCAGCUUUUCUCCGUCUGGCUGCGGUGCGAUCUGAUCCAGUUCAGAACUUUAUUUCCAAAGCAAUUGUUUUUCCAGAUUACCUCUCCGGUUCAGAGCGAGAACCCAGGAGGGUCAGUGAGAGUAUCCUGAGCUGACUCCGCCUCCGGCGUCCAGCGUGUUCAUGUCGUUCCUCUUAAAGCUGCGGGACUGAUGCGACAGACUCGAGAAGCUGAAAGAGGGACCGAAUCUGUGAGGAUCAUUUUCUGAUGGUUGUGAGACUUUUUUUUUUUUUUUUUAAUCACUUUCUCUGCUGUUAUGGAUGAACAGGUGUGUGUGGACUUGAGCUCAGUGUUUCUGUGGGUCACAUGAUAUGUUGUUUUUAAAUGGAAUCUUUGGGGUCCACACACAGGUGACAUCAGACUGCUGCUCCUCAGUUGAUCAUUAUUAAAUACUGGCUGAUGUUUUAUUCAA